CCCUCUCUCCUGCAGUAUAAAAAAGAGGGGACUGACAGCUGCUGCAUUGUUGCGGAGGUCUUUCUCACUCAUCCACGGACGGGACAAUUGGUGUCGACAUGGUGAAAUUCUUCUAAGUGCCUUUUUUAAAGAAAAAAAAAAAGAAAAGAAAGAAAAUUUGGUGUCUCUGAAGGGGGACACAAGCAAAAGAAAAGAAGGAAAGGAAGAAAAAAGAGGAGGGUGCCAGGUUUAUACUCUGUGGAGUUGGAACUCACAAGAAGAAGAAAAAAGAGGGAUACCCACAGGCCCCCCACCCUGAGCACUAAUUCUCCUGAUGUGAUCAUUAACUCUGGAGCAGAGCAAGCAGAGACUGUGAUCUUUAACUCUGGAGCAGAGCAAGCAGAGACUGUGAUCUUUAACUCUGGAGCAGAGCAAGCAGAGACUGUGAUCUUUAACUCUGGAGCAGAGCAAGCAGAGACUGUGCGAUCUUUAACUCUGGAGCAGAGCAAGCAGAGACUGAGCGAUCUUUAACUCUGGAGCAGAGCAAGCAGAGCCUGUGCAUUUGUGAACCGUGAGCUUGCGCACCGGGGGAAACUCUGGAGGAUUUUCUCUGCCUCUCCUCCGUCUCCACGCAUCCCCGACCUCAGUCCAGGCUCUCCGCGAAACCCACGCCACACACACGCGCCGAAAUGAGAUUACAGAAGCUGCUCUUCGUCCUCCUGCUCCUCCUCAUCACCCUCCUCCUGGUCCAGGGCCACAAGCCAGACUUCCUGAAUCUGAGACGCAAGUACUACAGACACCUGUGUGCGUCCAGGAGGUGCAUGCACCUCCACUCCCGAGUGCCGUUCCCCUGAGGUAGUCCACACUGGAGAUCCAGCGAACGGCGGAAAAGGCUAAAAUGACGGGAGGCCGUGACAACGAUCUCCAGGGAGAACUUCCGGUUGA